CAACCGCCGCCGCUGGCCCGCGCGCACGCCGACGGGGUGAGAGAGCCGGAGGGUUGCGCCCUCUCCCCUCCUUCCCCUCUCCUCUCUCUGUCUCUCUCGCGCGCGCAGCCGAAGAACGGCGCCCGGCUUGCUGCUUCCACACUUUAUUCCGAUUGUUUAAGAGCGAGGAUGCGAAGCGAAGCUGGCCAGUUGGGAAUAACGAGCAGCUCCAUCGCUUGAAAGACGUUCCUAUCCAGGGUUCUCAAAGAAGAUGAAUUUGGCUGAGAUUUGUGAUAAUGCAAAAAAAGGAAGGGAAUACGCACUCCUUGGAAACUACGACUCUUCUAUGGUUUAUUAUCAAGGUGUCAUCCAACAAAUUCAAAGACACUGUCAGUCAAUCAGAGACCCUGCACUGAAGGGGAAGUGGCAACAGGUUCGGCAAGAAUUAUUGGAAGAGUAUGAGCAAGUAAAAAUCAUUGUCAAUACUUUAGAGAGUUUUAAAAUAGACAGACCGACAGAUAUUCCAGUAUCUUAUCAGGAUGAACCAUUUAGGGAUCCAUCUGUUUGGCCACCUCCCGUUCCAGCUGAGCACAGAGCCCCACCCCAAAUAAAAUCGAUCUUAACCGAGAGAGUAGAAACCCUUUUGAGAAGAGAAUCGCCAGAAGAUUUGCAGCGGAAGGGCCCUGUGGAGGCAAGAGCUCAACCAAUCUCAAAAAACGAGAAACCUGCCAGCAGCCGAGAAAGAGAAGCUAAAGCUAAAGGAAAAGAUGAAAAGGGAAAGAAGAUUUCGCAAGAUGGCGCUGGGGAUGGCGAUAUUCAGAAAUUUGACGGUGCAGGAUAUGACAAAGAUCUGGUUGAAGCUCUUGAAAGAGACAUCGUGUCGAGGAAUCUGAGUACUCACUGGGAUGACAUUGCAGAUUUGGAAGAAGCCAAGAAAUUAUUAAGGGAAGCAGUUGUUCUUCCCUUGUGGAUGCCGGAUUUUUUCAAAGGGAUCCGGCGACCUUGGAAGACAUCACUGCUUACAUUUGGUUUUACUUGGGACAUUCAGUUUUGGACACAGCCAGCAAACCAUCAACAGAAGAUAGUGGUGGAUGUGGAUUUGCUCUGUACUCAACUCCCUUCAGCAGUCCCUUUGGACUCUCUGAAAGAUUUCAUGAAGUUAUUGAAACAAAAAGCCACAUGAGCUGCGGGGUGAGG